UUCGUUGUACGAUAUGUCCAAUGCCCUCAUCCAGGAAUAGUCUAAGAGGCGAGGAACAACAAGCACGGAUGUCAAAUUACAGUCCAGUCUUUCUCAAUGACUGCGGCUGUGCCGAGAAGUGCUGAUAUUAAAAUUAUGACGAGGAGUACCGGGUCCAUUGUGGCUCGUAGGCACAUGGCGGGCUUUGAACCUGAUCAAUUCCCAGAUAGGGUUCCCCGUCGUGGAUCGCCAACAUAAUACCUUUUGAUACCUUUGACAGAGUUAUGACAUGGUUGGAAGUAUCCCCUUGGGACUAGUGGUGACGGAACUAUAACGCGAAUCACAAUAACCCUUCUACUAGCUAAUCCCAUGUCAUGAUGCAUGAUGACACUGACAAUCGAGCUAUAACCUCAGCGUUUUAAUAUUCAGCUUUAGCAUUUCUCAACUAAUACAAGAUGUUAUUCUUUCCACCUAAAUCACUAUCUACAACAAUAAUUAAGCCUGUAACCUGUUAAAAAGUUCUCAUCCACGUAACAAUGUCACGAAAUGUAUGUAUCACAGCUGCGGAGGGCCAAACUGGCCAUUUAAUUGCCAACUUACUGCUUCGACAAGACGAAUACCAGGACAUCGGCAAGGUAGAUUCGGUGGUUGGCCUAACACUACACCCGCGACACCAUCAUGUAAAGGAGCUACAAUCCCUGGGUGCUAAAAUCGUUCAUCAUGUUCCCGGACGAGAGAAAGUCGUGGCGAAUACGCUCAGGGAGACGGGCUGCGAUACUAUCUGUCUAGUUCCGCCGGCGCAUAAGGAUAAGCAUGAUAUCUGCGUCGAACUAAUCCGGGCCGCGAAGAGGGCUGGUAUACAAAAUGUACUGUUCAUCAGCUCUGCAGGCGCCGACUACGCGGAUCCCAGACGUCAGCCUCAUCUGAGGGAGUUCAUCGAGCUUGAGAGUCUGGUCCUGUCUACUAAGGGGGACUCGUCAGCUCCGCUUGGACAUUCACCCUGCAUAAUCAGAGCAGGUUUCUAUGCUGAGAACAUACUUCUCUAUGCGCCCCAAGCACAGUCCGAGGGCGAUCUCACAUUACCCAUUGGGAAGGAACAUAAGUUUGCCCCAGUAGCUCUCGGUGAUGUUGCUCAGGUCGCCGCCCACGUGUUAUCGGGCAAAGGCCCGCACGGCUUCGACGAUAGACACCGCGGUCAGAUGAUGAUCGUUACUGGCCCAGAACUAUGCGCGGGCGAAGAACUCGCCACGGCAGCGAGUACCGCCCUGGACAGCCCGAUGAAAUUCGAAGAUAUUUCACCAGCGGAAGCAAGGAGAACCCUCAAGGCACAAGCCUCCGAGGUCGACGAGUCGGAGAAGGAGUACCUCCUCGAGUACUAUAGCCUGGUACGCGAGGGCAAGACGAAUUACAUCGCGACGACGGCGUUCCACGACGUCACGGGGAACUACCCGAAGAAGCCGACGGAUUUCUUCAAGAUGUACUCGGAGGAUUUAAGGCCGAAGAAGAAGGUUAAGAAGGACCAUUCGUGA